UGAAACUCAGGAACAGAAUUGACAGAGUGGGGAUUGAUCUGCCAACCAUUGAAGUGAGAUAUGAACAUCUGAAUGUGGAGGCAGAUGCUUAUGCAGGCAGUAGAGCUUUGCCUUCCUUCAUCAACUUCACUACCAAUUUCAUUGAGGAUUUACUGAACGCCCUUCACGUCACCACAAGCAAGAAGAGGAGGAUUACUAUUCUGAAUGAUGUUAGUGGAAUAAUUAAACCAUGUAGAAUGACACUGUUGUUGGGACCUCCUGGUUCUGGGAAGACGACGCUUUUGCUAGCGUUGGCUGGAAAGCUCGAUAAAGAUUUAAGAGUGGGAGGAAGUGUAACAUAUAACGGGCAUGGCCUGAAUGAAUUCGUGCCUCAAAGAACAGCCGCUUACAUUAGUCAACACGAUUUGCACAUCGGAGAAAUGACUGUUCGAGAGACCUUGGAAUUUUCUGCGAGAUGCCAGGGCGUGGGGUCUCGUUAUGAAAUGUUAGCGGAGUUGUCAAGAAGAGAGAAGGCAGCAAAUAUCAAGCCUGAUCCAGAUAUUGACGUGUACAUGAAGGCUGCAGCCACUGAAGGACAAGAGGCGAAUGUCGUCACAGAUUACAUUCUUAAGAUUUUGGGACUGGAAGUAUGUGCGGACACAAUGGUGGGAGACCAAAUGAUAAGAGGUAUAUCAGGUGGGCAGAAAAAGCGUGUGACCACGGGUGAAAUGAUGGUCGGACCGGCAAAAGCUCUUUUCAUGGACGAAAUCUCAACAGGGCUUGACAGUUCCACAACCUUUUCAAUUGUCAACUCACUGAAGCAGUACGUGCAUAUUCUCAAGGGCACUGCCGUCAUUUCCCUACUCCAACCGGCACCGGAAACUUAUAAUAUCUUUGAUGAUAUCAUUCUAUUGUCGGAUGGGUAUGUUAUUUACCAUGGGCCUCGCGAAUACAUAUUGGAUUUCUUUGAGUCCAUGGGGUUUAGAUGCCCCGAAAGAAAAGGCGUAGCAGAUUUCUUGCAAGAAGUGACUUCCAAGAAAGAUCAACAGCAAUAUUGGAUGCGCCGUGACGAGCCUUAUAGGUAUGUGAAGGCUAAGGAAUUUGCUGAGGCAUACCAAUCUUUCCAUGUUGGAAGGAAGGUGGCACAUGAAAUUUCGGUCCCAUUCGAUAAGACCAAAAGCCACCCUGCCGCUUUAUCAAAUGACAAAUUCGGUAUAGGAAAGAAGCAACUCCUGAAGGCUUGCACUGAGAGAGAAUAUUUGCUAAUGCAUAGAAACUCAUUUGCUUACAUCUUCAAGAUCUUUCAGCUUUUGGUGAUGGCUUUCAUUUCCAUGACGCUGUUUUUUCGAACUGAAAUGAAGAAAGAUAAUGAGACUGAUGGAGGGAUUUUUGUUGGUGCCUUGUUCUUCGGCGUCGUUAUGGUUAUGUUCAAUGGUAUGUCCGAACUUCCAAUGACAAUCUAUAAGCUGCCGGUAUUCUACAAACAAAGGGACCUCAGAUUUUUCCCUCCAUGGGCUUAUGCUAUUCCUUCGUGGAUCCUCAAACUGCCUGUUACAUUUGUUGAAGUCAGUAUAUGGGUGUUUGUUACUUACUAUGUCAUUGGUUUUGAUCCCAAUGUUGGCAGGCUGUUCAAACAGUUCUUGUUAAUGAUAUUGGUGAACCAGAUGGCUUCUUCACUCUUCCGAUUUAUUGCAGCAAUGGGUAGGACUAUGGGAGUCGCAAAUACAUUUGGAUCCUUUGCUUUGCUAUUGUUAUUUGCUUUGGGUGGCUUUGUGCUCUCUCGAGAUGAUGUGAAACACUGGUGGAUUUGGGGCUACUGGUCUUCACCAUUGAUGUAUGCAAUGAAUGCAGUUCUUGUCAAUGAAUUUAAUGGAAAGAGCUGGAGACAUAUUGCCCCAAAUGGCACUGAACCACUUGGAGAUGCGGUGGUGAAAUCGAGAGGAUUCUUCCCAGAAGCCAAAUGGUAUUGGAUAGGUCUUGGGGCACUUUUUGGGUUCACAAUAGUCUUCAAUGUCUGUUACACUCUGUCGCUCCAUUUUCUUAAUCCAUUUGGCAAGCCACAAGCUCUCGUACCAGAUGAUGACGACAAUGAAAAUUCUUCUACCCAACAAUUAUCCCAUGUUGUAGGGAAUGGCAUCAGCGAGACCCCUGAGGUGCAGAAACGGGGAAUGGUUCUUCCAUUUGAACCCCAUUCCCUAACAUUUGAUGAUGUUGUCUACUCGGUCGACAUGCCACAGGAAAUGAGAGAUCAGGGUACUACUGAGGAUAGGUUGGUGCUCUUAAAGGGUGUAAGUGGAGCCUUCAGACCUGGCGUUCUCACUGCUUUAAUGGGAGUUAGCGGGGCUGGGAAAACAACCCUAAUGGAUGUUUUGGCUGGAAGAAAAACCGGCGGUUACAUUGAUGGAGAUGUUAAAAUUUCUGGAUAUCCAAAGAAACAAGAAACUUUUGCCCGGAUUUCAGGUUACUGUGAACAGAAUGACAUCCAUUCUCCCUUUGUCACUGUUCAUGAGUCAUUGGUUUACUCAGCAUGGCUACGUUUGCCAGAGGAUGUGGAUGCUAAUGCUAGAAAGAUGUUUGUUGACGAAGUGAUGGAACUAGUUGAGCUGAACCCAUUAAGGUUAGCUCUUGUUGGGUUGCCCGGAGUGAACGGUCUCUCGACAGAACAACGCAAAAGGCUAACAAUCGCAGUUGAGUUAGUGGCGAACCCGUCAAUCAUAUUCAUGGAUGAGCCAACUUCAGGACUUGAUGCUAGAGCUGCUGCAAUUGUGAUGAGAGCUGUGAGAAACACUGUUGACACUGGCCGAACCGUCGUUUGCACUAUUCAUCAACCCAGCAUCGACAUUUUUGAAGCCUUUGAUGAGCUCUUUCUAAUGAAGAGAGGAGGACAAGAGAUUUAUGUCGGGCCAUUGGGACGUAAUUCAUGCCAUUUGAUCGAUUACUUUGAGUCAAUUCACGGAGUGGCGAAAAUCAAGGAAGGAUACAAUCCAGCAACAUGGAUGUUGGAAGUUACAAGCUCAGCCCAAGAAAUGUUAUUAGGAGUUGAUUUCACAGAUAUCUAUAAGAAGUCAGAUCUCUACCAAAGAAACAAAGCUUUGAUAAGUGAAUUAAGCACACCUCGCCCUGGUUCCAAUGACUUGUAUUUCCCAACACAAUACUCACAGAGUUUCUGGAGUCAAUGUAUGGCCUGUUUGUGGAAGCAACAUUGGUCUUAUUGGCGUAACACAUCUUACACUGCAGUUAGGUUCCUCUUCACAACGGUCAUUGCAUUGGCCUUCGGAACAAUGUUCUGGGACCUUGGUACUAAAACUCAGAAGAGGCAAGAUUUGUUUAACGCAAUGGGUUCCAUGUAUGCUGCGGUUCUGUUUCUUGGAGUGCAAAACUCUUCUUCGGUGCAGCCAGUGGUUGCAGUUGAACGUACAGUGUUCUAUAGGGAAAAGGCUGCCGGGAUGUAUUCUGCAUUGCCAUAUGCCUUUGGACAAGCUGUUAUUGAAAUUCCAUAUGUGCUUCUACAAUCGGUAGUUUAUGGUGUGAUUGUUUAUGCUAUGAUCGGAUUUGAAUGGACAGCGGCUAAGUUUUUCUGGUACCUCUUCGUAAUGUUUUGCACAUUGUUAUACUUCACAUACUAUGGCAUGAUGUCUGUGGCUAUUACUCCCAACGAAAGCAUUGCAUCCAUUGUCGGUGCCUUCUUCUAUGGUGCAUGGAAUCUCUUUUCAGGAUUCAUCAUUCCACGACCUAGCAUGCCUGUGUGGUGGAGAUGGUAUUUCUGGGCGUGCCCCGUGUCAUGGACAUUGUACGGAUUGGUAGCAUCACAAUUUGGGGAUAUUGAAGGUGAAAACAUGGUUGGUUCGAAUCAAACUGUGAAGCAAUUCUUGGAAGAUUACUUUGGGUUUAAGCAUGAUUUUCUUGGAGUUGUCGCGGCUAUGACUGUUGUGUGGCCUGUCCUUUUUGGUUUCAUUUUUGCCUUAGCCAUUAAAACAUUCAACUUCCAGAAAAGAUAGAAGAGGUGCUUGUGCGUUCUUACAAGUAUACCCGUUGUAUUUAGUACUUCGUAUAUUAUUAUUAUUAUGUACAGUAUGAUGCUCAGGUGAAGGAGUUGAUAACUUUUGUGACGACUGUCUUUUUUACUUAAUCUUUCUAUUUGUUCUUUUAAUGUAUUGUGAGAAAUACAAGAUUCAUUGCCUGGUAUUACUUUUUGCUCCAACUUCUCAUUUAUUGCAUUUGGAGAAACAUUCGGAUAGGAG